CCGAGCCAAUGGGCUAAACACAACAUUUCUUGUGAGCGUUUGCAGCCCUUCACACGGAGCUCUUUGGGUUCGGGAUGAAGCAACCAGCAAAGAAGAGAGUGAUUCCUACAACCAGGCCCAGUCCGCUAUUUUGGCACCUCGCAGUUCUCACCCGACGCAUCCGCCCUGGAAUUUUCCCUUCUUUGUUUUCGUCGUUUCUCUUUUUCUGUUUUGGUCAGAUUUUUCGUCAUUUCUCUGUCGCCGUAUGCUUCCAGCCGCGAGGAGCCGCCUGAGCUAGCAACCAAGAAUCGUCUAAGAUCCACCAGAAAUCGUUGACCAAUCCAAGCCUCCACUAAUCAACCAACCAGCCAGCCAAGGGGUCCAAUUGUCGAGAAAUCAAGGAACAGAUCCUCUGCUUCCAAGCUUCAGAAACUUGAAUCGUCAGUCACUUUAGCCAUUACUCUGAUUCCUACCUGACGGCUUUGCGCUCCCUCGCACCAUCUUCACUGAGACCUAUCCAAAUUCAGAAUUCUCCAUCUACCGGCUGCGAUUCUCGACACCGUUGCAUAUAGGUUUCAGAUCGAUUGUGAGUCGAUAGGAGAUGGUAAAGGAGACUGAAUACUACGAUGUGCUUGGGGUCAGUCCGACGGCCACCGAGGCCGAGAUCAAGAAAGCAUAUUACAUAAAGGCACGACAAGUUCAUCCAGAUAAAAACCCUAAUGAUCCUCAGGCGGCACAAAAUUUCCAGGCAAGUUUUCCCUCACCGAACUUUCAUGAUGUCUUGGGAGAAGCAUACCAAGUAUUGAGUGAUUCUACCCAGAGACAAGCUUAUGAUGCCUAUGGGAAGUCUGGAAUUUCAACUGAAGCGAUCAUUGAUCCUGCAGCAAUCUUCGCCAUGCUUUUUGGUAGUGAGCUUUUUGAGGAUUACAUAGGACAGCUUGCCAUGGCAUCUAUGGCGUCAAUGGACAUUUUCACAGAAGGGGAGCAAUUUGAUACAAAAAAGUUGCAAGAUAAAAUGAGGGUUGUUCAGAAGGAGAGAGAAGAAAGACUAGCAGAACUACUAAAAAAUCGACUCCACCAAUACAUUCAAGGAAAUAAAGAAGAGUUUGUUAAACAUGCCAAGUCUGAAGUAACUCGACUUUCCAAUGCAGCUUAUGGUGUUGACAUGUUGAACACGAUUGGCUACAUUUAUGCAAGACAAGCAGCCAAAGAGUUGGGUAAGAAGGCUAUAUACUUGGGUGUGCCGUUCGUUGCUGAAUGGUUCAGAAACAAAGGGCAUUUCAUCAAGUCCCAGGUGACUGCAGCAACAGGUGCCCUUGCCUUGAUCCAAUUGCAAGAGGACAUGAAAAAGCAGCUCAAUGCUGAAGGAAAUUAUACCGAGGAAGAGCUUGAAGUAUACAUGCAAACUCAUAAGAAGCUAAUGAUCGACUCCUUAUGGAAGCUUAAUGUAGCAGACAUUGAGGCUACUCUUUCCCAUGUUUGCCAGAUGGUUCUUCAAGAGAAUGGUGUCAGGAAAGAGGAGCUUCGUGCUCGAGCAAAGGGAUUGAAGACUCUUGGCAAAGUCUUUCAGAGAGUAACGUCGACCAAUGGAAGUGAGGGUGAAGCUGAUGUAGGCAGUGCCCUGCAUAAGUUGCACGGAAGUGAAUCAAGCUAUGAAGCAUUUUCUCCUGGCUCAUCCCCCAAGUCUGGAACAACUGAGGGAUCUUCUUACAGCUCAUUGUUCUCACAGAGCCCGUACGUGGAGUCUCCACAGGUUGCUGGUGGCCAGUUUAACUACGACUUCCCGAGGCCAACAGCACCACCUGGUGCAAAUCGAUAUUCUUCAGCUGGCGGCCAGGGCACCAGUCAUUGAACGUACCAAUGGUAUAUGCUUGCUAUCUGUCAAUAGUAUAUAUAGCUCAUAAAAGUUGCUGAUGCUAAUUUCCUGAACUGGCAUGCCUUUGUUUUAUCCAGCACUGCGAGGGUUUAGCGUGAACAGUGUUGUGCGUCCAUUUGAGAUCCCAGAAGCUCGAUGGCAAUAGUCUAGUUGUGUUUUUUUUGCUGGUAAUUUGUUUGGCAGUGCAUGUAUUAUUCUAUUUGUUUGAUUAGUGGAUGUAUUAAUUAAAUCGCUGCUGUAAUAUGGUUUUCAAGUUGUGAGCAAUGUUGUCUGAUUCGUUUUUCCAUGUGCCCUAGUUGGGUGGUGUUUUUUUGGCUUCUAGGAAGAAUGGUCAACAACAUACGUGUGGUUGAUAACAAACUAUAAGAGGACACUUUUUAAAUUGUCUGUAUAUAUAUUAUUAGCGGCAAUGGUUUGUAUUGCAGCUUCGAAAGGAUUGGUUGCGUAUGGCAUAUAUUGCCAUCAUGUUAAGUGAUAAUGUCGUAUAAAGGUUUGUAAGG